AUGGCCAGACUCACCGAGGGCGAGGCGAGGAGGCAGCCGCCGCCGCUCCCGCCAGCGCCGCAGCCGCCCCCGCCGCCGCCGCCGCCGCGCCGAGCCUCCCCCAUGAGCAGCAGCGGCGGCGCGGAGCCCCCGGCGCAGCCCGACAGCAUGAAGGACCUGGAUGCCAUCAAGCUCUUCGUGGGGCAGAUCCCGCGCAACCUGGAGGAGAAGGACCUCAAGCCGCUCUUCGAGCAGUUCGGCAAGAUCUACGAGCUCACCGUGCUCAAGGACCGCUACACCGGCAUGCACAAGGGUUGUGCAUUCCUCACAUACUGUGCCAGAGACUCUGCUAUCAAAGCCCAGACAGCGCUGCAUGAACAGAAGACUUUGCCAGGGAUGGCGCGCCCGAUCCAGGUGAAGCCUGCCGACAGCGAGAGCCGUGGAGGUAGGGACAGGAAGCUCUUUGUGGGCAUGUUAAAUAAGCAGCAGUCUGAGGAUGACGUGCUCCGGCUCUUUGAACCGUUUGGGGUCAUUGAUGAAUGCACGGUGCUCCGUGGACCUGAUGGGAACAGCAAAGGCUGUGCUUUUGUAAAGUUCUCAUCUCACACAGAGGCUCAGGCAGCAAUCCACGCACUCCAUGGCAGCCAGACAAUGCCCGGUGCCUCCUCCAGUCUAGUGGUGAAGUUUGCUGACACAGAUAAGGAGAGGACCCUGCGCCGUAUGCAGCAAAUGGUGGGGCAGCUGGGCAUUUUCACUCCAUCUCUCUCCCUGCCGUUCAGCCCAUACAGCGCCUAUGCGCAGGCUCUGAUGCAGCAGCAGACCACGGUUCUCUCCACCUCCCACGGCAGCUACCUGAGCCCGGGCGUCGCCUUCUCCCCGUGCCACAUCCAGCAGAUCGGUGCCGUCAGUCUCAACGGGCUGCCAGCCACUCCCAUUGCACCAGCGUCAGGGCUACAUUCACCACCUCUCCUGGGAACAGCAGCCAUGCCAGGACUGGUGGCACCCAUUUCCAAUGGAUUCACUGGAGUGGUACCAUUCCCAAAUGGGCAUCCAACCUUGGAAACAGUUUACACCAAUGGCCUUGUGCCAUAUUCAGCCCAGAGCCCUUCAGUAGCAGAGACUUUGCACCCAGCCUUCACAGGAGUUCAGCAGUAUGCAGCUGUGUAUCCAACCACCACCAUCACCCCCAUUGCACAGAGCAUCCCUCAGCAGCCUCCCAUCCUGCAGCAGCAGCAGCGAGAAGGUCCUGAAGGCUGCAAUCUCUUCAUCUACCAUCUCCCCCAGGAGUUUGGAGACAAUGAGCUGAUGCAGAUGUUCCUGCCCUUUGGCAAUAUCAUCUCCUCCAAGGUGUUCAUGGAUCGUGCCACCAACCAGAGCAAGUGUUUUGGUUUUGUGAGCUUUGACAACCCAUCCAGUGCACAGACUGCUAUCCAGGCUAUGAAUGGCUUCCAGAUUGGCAUGAAACGCUUGAAGGUCCAGUUGAAACGGCCCAAGGAUGCCAACCAUCCCUACUGA